CUUCAGAAACAGCUCGUCAACCACCUCGGUAGCUUGCUAGCCAACAUAGCCGAAAGAUUCAAGCUAUUUAUACGCUUUCGGUGUAUAUUACCUACUGUGUUUUAGCCACACUUCUGUCGUAUCAACUUGUUAACCUAUUUAAUUGAAUUGUACGUUAUUUUGUAUUAGUCAGCUAUAGUAGCUUGCUGGUUAAGUUAGCACUAUCCUAGUCGCUAAUGAUAGCUCCCAGCUAUUAUCCCCGAACAUGAGCUCCCUAAACUACCCCCCUCCUGCUAAAGAAGAGGAGGUCUACUGGACGGAGAAAGAAGCUCUGGCGCUGAUCAUUGACGUGAAAGAGGAGGAAGAAGAGGAUAUCAAGCAAAAAAUAGAAGUAGAGGGUGAGGCUGUUACAGUGAAAGAAGAAGAGAAAGACGUUUCAGUGAAAGAAGAGGAUGAAGGGUUCAGAGUGAAAGAGGAGGAGGAUGUUACAGUAAAAGACGAGGAGGCAGAGAAAGAGGAGGAUGCGGUUUUUGGAGUGAAAGAGGAGGAGGGGGAGAUUACUGUCACAUUGGAGGAAGAAGAGGAGGUUGGAGAUCUGUUUAACACCAGAGAGAGACGGGACUACCGUGGAUCCUCUGGGGAGCCUCAACAACCUCAUGAUGCUGAAGAGACAGAGAAGAGUCUCUCCAGAUCAGAACACCUCAAUAAACACCUGCAGGGAUCCACAGGGAAGAGAACUCACUGCUGCUCUGACUGUGGGAAGAGAUUCACCUCCUCAGCAGGCAUUAAAUAUCAUCAGAGAAUCCACACAGGAGAGAAACCUUAUAGCUGUGGUCAAUGUGGGAAGAGUUUUACUACAUCUAGAACUCUGACUCAACACCAGAGAACACACACAGGAGAGAAACCUUAUAGCUGUGGUCAAUGUGGGAAGAGUUUUGGUCGAUCUGGCCAUCUGACAUUGCACCAGAGAAUACACACAGGAGAGAAACCUUAUAGCUGUGGUCAAUGUGGGAAGAGUUUUGGUCGAUCUGGCUAUCUGACAUACCACCAGAGAAUACACACAGGAGAGAAACCUUAUAGCUGUGGUCAAUGUGGGAAGAGUUUUAAUAGAUCUGACCAGCUGACAUUACACCAGAGAAUACACACAGGAGAGAGACCUUAUAGCUGUGGUCAAUGUGGGAAGAGUUUUACUACAUCUAGAAUUCUGACUCAACACCAGAGAACACACACAGGAGAUAAACCUUAUAGCUGUGGUCAAUGUGGGAAGAGUUUUGGUCAAUCUGGCCAGCUGACAUCACACCAGAGAACACACACAGGAGAUAAAUCUUAUAGCUGUGGUCAAUGUGGGAAGAGUUUUACUACAUCUAGAACUCUGACUCAACACCAGAGAAUACACACAGGAGAGAAAUAUUAUAUCUGUGGUCAGUGUGGGAAGAGUUAUACUACAUCUAGCAAUCUGAAGAUACACCAGCGGAGACACACAGGAGAGAAACCUUAUAGCUGUAAUCAAUGUGAGAAGAAAUACUCUUAUAAAAGAUCUCUGACCAAACAUCAGAAAAUACAUGAAGGAGUUAUUUCGUGAUAUCAAUGAAUUAAUGUCACAAUGUAGAAUGUUUUAACAUUGUAGUAGGGGUAUUUUAAGGAAUUUCACAAUGUAGAACCCUAAACGUUUGCCCCAUUUAAUUAAUUUCAGCGUGAUAUGGAUAUUAGCCUCAGGAAAAAUUUAGGCUCUGAAUUGAAAGAGUACUAUUUAUGUGAUUUAACAAAAAGUGACUAACACAAAAAGAGCUGUGUUACACUUACCAUGUUGGUGACCCACUUGAAUCAAAAUGCAACACUUCAAAAUGUAGCCAGCUGUUUUCUACAAAUUGUCCUCAAACCAGGGAUGUACACAUUACUCCCAGAUUCCGUGUGGUUUUUGAGCUGUUAGUUUUAACAGGACGUGCAACCUCAUUUCCCUCCUCUCGGCACAAUUGAUUUCAACAUGAUAUCGAUGAGUGAUGACAAAUAAGUGUUGCGUUCCUUUGUUUAGCGACCCCUAAAUUUAAAUGCAUCACUCCAAAAUGUAGCUGACUGUCUUCUGCAGGUUGUCCUCUAACCAGUGAGGUAAAAGAUAUCUCCCAUUUCCAUGUGUUUUGUUUAGGUGUGUUAGUUUCAACAUCACGAACAACCUGAUUUCCCCCCUAAUCAAUAUCAGUGAUUUAUUGCUACUUGUCAAAACAACAGUGUUUUUGGUGCUUGUGCAGUUUAUAAGGUGCUUGUUUAAGUAAUAUGAUUAUUGUGGCAGAUGUUUGUGUAUAUAGUACAUUUUAUGUUUAGGUUUUCAAUUUAUCACAUACUGUUUCUGCAUUUGGACUAUUGAUUUGGACACAUUUAACCUGUGACAUUGGGGAUAUCCCACCUAGCAAAAUGUUGUUGAAAAUAAGACUAUGCCCGACUUACAAUGUAAGUUAGUUUUCUUUUCAACUUUCAACUAAAACCAAUUUAAUUUCAACGUACUCGCAGCUUAUACACAUGGACGCAGUAUAAUAAAUCGGUCUAUAAUCAAUUUUAUUAACAAUCCUAAUAAAUUGAGUCAUAAAUAUUAAAUAUAUUUGUUGUCCUAA